AUGUCUAACACUCUCUUUGACGACGUCUUUUUAGUAGCAGAUGUUGAUCCUGGUAAAUACAACCGUGUAGCGCGUAUUGAAGCUACUUCUACUACACAAGAACAUUGCAAAUUGGCACUAGAUGUGAAUACGGAUCUUUUCCCCGUGCAAACCGGCGAACAAGUUACAGCUACUAUCGCAUCCUCUUUGGAACUAGAGAAAAACGUCAAUGAUCCAUCUGCAACUCGUUCCUGGAGACCUCCACAACCUGGUGAAAGAUCUUUAGCUGAUGAUUACGACUACGUGAUGCAUGGUACCGCGUACCGUUUUGAGGAAGUCAGUAAUGAUCUAAUCGCAGUUUACUAUUCAUUCGGUGGUCUUUUAAUGAGAUUGGAAGGAAAUUACCGUAGUUUAAACAAUUUAAAGCAAGAGAAUGCAUUCCUUUUACUUCGUCGUUAA